AAAUAGUGAAACACUAAUGAGUGAAAGAACUGAAAAAUAAUCAAAUGAUGAUAAUUAAAAACUUUUGAAUUAUUUGAUUAGGAAUCAAAUGUCCCGUCUGUUCAAAAUUUGUAUUACCCGAUGAUGUGGAGUGUCAUCUGGUUAUGUGUCUUACAAGACCACGGAUCAACUAUAAUGAGGAUAUGUUGACUGAAGACAAGGGAGAGUGUGUGAUAUGUUUAGAAGAGCUCAUCAAAGGAAACACUAUUGCGAGGCUUCCAUGUCUUUGUAUAUAUCACAAAAGUUGUAUCGAUGCCUGGUUUGAAGUGAACCGUUCGUGUCCGGAACACCCUUCAGACUGACUUGAAUUGUAUAGAGAAAUAUAUGUUUAUUUUUGUUUAUUAUAGAGAAACCGAUUGUUUUAUUAUUCACUAAAAUUCUAUAAUUUAUAAUACGAUAUAAUAUAUGUUUUAUUAUUACAAAUGUUUUUAAUAUUCGUUAAUCAAAACGAAAUGAACACUAAAUCCUUUCCAACGAAAAAAGCAAUUCUUAUUUGCA